GAAUCAAAAGAAUGUGACACAUUUUAAGGCAAGUCACUCCACUUCACUACAUAAGCAGUUUAGAAUCUUAAACAGAUGCAAAAGGAAUAAAGCAAAAAGGGGGAGAAGGGGUAGACCGAUAAAGUUUCUGGCUUCGGUACAAGAGACAUAUCAUUACCAUAUGAUCUAAUGUGGGUGUCAGCCGGAUUGUGUUCACUGAGGGAAACCUUUUUUUUUUUUUCAGUGUGCUAUGGAGUAGAAGCAGGAGGUUUUCAACCCAGUGACAGUCACAGAGCAGCACCUAACCCCCUCCUCCUUUCCACACCUGCAAACUCUUUUGCCUGGGCUGAAUAUUUAGUGUAAUUACAUCUCAGCUUUGAGGGCUCCUGUGGCAAAUCCCCGGAUUAAAAGAUUCCCUGGCUGUGAAAAUAAAUGAGAUAAACCAUGAAGGCAACUCUCAUCUUUUUCCUGCUUGCUCAAGUUUCCUGGGCAGGACCAUUUCAACAGAAAGGCUUAUUUGACUUUAUGCUAGACGAAGAGGCUUCUGGGUUAGCUCCUGAAGAGAAAGUUCCUGAGAUUACUGAAUAUGAGCUUAUGGGACCCGUGUGUCCUUUCCGCUGCCAAUGUCAUCUCCGAGUAGUCCAGUGUUCUGAUCUGGGUCUGGACAAAGUGCCAAAGGACCUCCCCCCUGACACAACAUUGCUGGACUUGCAAAACAACAAGAUAACAGAAAUCAAAGAUGGAGAUUUUAAGGAUCUGAAGAAUCUUCAUGCAUUGAUCCUUGUCAACAACAAAAUUAGCAAAAUCAGUCCCGGAGCCUUUGCACCUUUAGUGAAAUUGGAACGACUUUAUCUGUCCAAGAACCAGCUCAAGGAAUUGCCGGAAAAAAUGCCCAAAACUCUUCAGGAGCUGCGUGCGCAUGAGAAUGAAAUCACGAAAAUUCGAAAAAAUGUCUUCAAUGGACUGAACCAGAUGAUUGUCAUAGAACUGGGGACCAACCCACUGAAGAGCUCAGGAAUUGAAAAUGGAGCCUUCCAAGGAAUGAAGAAACUCUCCUAUAUCCGCAUUGCCGACACCAAUAUAACCUCUAUCCCGCAAGGUCUUCCUUCUUCCCUUACGGAAUUACAUCUUGAUGGCAACAAAAUCACCAGAGUUGACGCCGCUAGUCUCAAAGGACUGAAUAAUUUGGCUAAAUUGGGGCUGAGUUUCAAUAGCAUCUCUACUGUGGACAAUGGCUCUCUGGCCAACACACCUCAUUUAAGAGAGCUUCAUUUGGACAACAACAAGCUUAUCAGAGUACCUGGUGGGCUGGCAGAGCAUAAGUAUAUUCAGGUUGUGUACCUUCAUAAUAACAACAUCUCUGUAGUUGGAUCUAAUGACUUCUGUCCACCUGGAUACAACACCAAAAAAGCUUCUUACUCAGGCGUGAGCCUCUUCAGCAACCCAGUACAGUACUGGGACAUCCAGCCUUCCACCUUCCGAUGUGUCUAUGUGCGCUCUGCCAUUCACCUUGGAAACUACAAGUAAUUCCUAAGAAAUCAUUCACUUUCAUAACCUGGCACAAUCUCAUUAAUGGCAUUGCUAAAAAUAAAUAAAUAGCUAGAUGAUACUGAUGACCUAACUGCCAUGUGGACAAUUUUCCCACAUGACUUAUUAUGCCUAAAAGCCAAAUAUGCAGUUUAAGUAAUUGCCUACAAUAAAAACAAUUUCCUGCCAUUUUCAGAAUUCUUUUUGCAGUUUUUUGUUGAGUUCCUACAGAUACACUUGUGUCAUUAAAUGUAAAAUUUGGAUU